AGCUCCUUGUGAAGCUCAAAUGGAAAAUUGGAAGACCAACUUGGCAGUAAUGGCAUCGAAGGAGCGACAGUACCUGCAGCAGUAUAACAACUACAAGGCAUUACUCAAUCGUCUGGGCUAUACCCCUGAGAUUAGCCACGGGGUGUUGGCUGAAAUGGCUGAGCACAGAAAAGAGUUAGAGAAGAAGACAAAACCCAUCCUGGAUACUCUAAGGAGCUACCAAGACUUGCCGCCGGAUAAAGCUUUGGCUGCUUUAGCUAUUGAGGACAAAAAGAGACAGUAUGCUGCUGCUGAGAAAUAUCUUGAAGAUGUACUACAGUCUGCCCUUGCCACCAACGAUUGACACCCGCCAAUUGUUUCCUAUGUAAAGAUAUGUUAGACCCAUUUGGCAGCUUUAGCUUGUAAUCUGCAUUCCCAAAUGGCCCAAAAGAAUGACACUUCAGAUGUCUAGAUGUCUUGUUUGCAAAAUCUCCCACUGCAAUUUCCCUCUCUUUGUGCUUGAAAAUAAAAUUACGUUGAUUUAUUUUACAGUCAUAGUUUUGGUAGGUUUUAUUGAGUGAAUUAAUUUUAGUCUUUAUCUUAUUUAAAGUUCUAUAAAUUCUAUCUUAGAUUCAUUUAAAUAGUAUUUAGUUUAUGUAAUUAAUUUUAAUUUUGGGUUGAAC